GCCCUACCUUUUUUGACUGAUGAUGAGCGUGAGGAAGUCUUCACCCAACUCACUGAUAACACUAAGACACUGGCAACUGAAAAAAAGCUCAAGUGGACCAAUAAAUGCAGAGGCCAAUGAAGCAGAACCAGCUGAGGACUCUGGACCCCCAUCCAAGAAGAAAAGAGACUCUUGUGCAUUGGCAGAUCUCCUUGGGCAGACAUAUACUCCAGAAGCAGACUCCAUAAAAACAAGAGAUGAUGCAGUAGAUGAGGUGAUGAAGUACAAAGAGGUAAAACCAGUACCAUUCAGCACUAAUCCACUCAGCUGGUGGAAGGAACAUGAGGUGGAAUUCCCUCUUUUGUCAUGCCAAGCUAAGCGAUACCUCUGUAUUCCUGGUAGUAGUGUACCAGCUGAGAGAGUCUUCUCAACAUUGUCACAGCCCAGAGAAGUGCAUUGACGCCUGAGCAUGUAGACCAGCUGCUUUUUUUUAACAAAAACCUGCAUGUCCACUAGUUUGAUAACAAAUGCUUCAG